GGCAAGAUGAAGGUUUUCCUAGUGCUAGUGGCGGUAAUCUGCGUUUGCAAUGCCAAGGCAUUGCUCAAACGGAGCAGAGGUGAUGUAGAAGACUUUUUGAAUGAGAAUGGCCCUGAUGAAAUCAGAAACAUGGUCGGCGAGAUCAAAGGCUGGAUUGAUGGAGUCAUUGCAGAGGGAGCUAAAAUUGUAGAAGCUGGAGAUCUCUUUGACGACGACCUGAAACCUAUUCCAGAGCUGCAGACAGCUAUCGAUUUACUUGAUGAGCACGUCAGUCCUUUGGUCGACAAUCUCCCACCGCUUCCAAAGGAAAAGGAAUUGGUUUUCCUCCAUAAAUGCAUUAAAACUGCCGAAGCCACUGAUUUUCAAGGUAUGAGCAGCGACAAGGAGCGACUGACGGCACUCACUCGCCAGGUGUUCAACUGUGCCGGAACCGGAAUGGGCAUCAUUUCCAAUUUGCUUGAUCUGUCCUCUGUGACCGACGCUGAUCUGACUGUUUCCGGUUUGGCUGACCGUCUGGAUAUAAUAGAAGCUACCUUCUUAGAGAUGGGUCAUAUCGGUGCAUGGGUUAUUGGCCUCAUCAAGAAGGCAGAAAAUGGAGAUAUGGACAGGUCUUUUAAUUUUGGAAAACGUACGCCUUCGCCAAAGGAAGAGAUAAUGGAAGCCAUUGCCAAUGGUGAUCCACAAGAAAUUCGUGAAGGGGCAGCAGAUAUGCAAGAAACACUGGAAGAUGCUCUCGAAACCAUAAACAAAAUGAUUGAACUGAAUGGAGCUCUGGGUGAUGAUCUUAAACCAACAGCCGAAUUCAAAGCCCUCGAGAAGGAACUGGAUACAGAUGACAAGAAGGAAAAGGAAAUGAUGGCUAAGCUUCCCCCUCUUGCAGAUGAUAAGGACUCACUUUUCCUCGAAGACUGCAAGGAAGUGGCAAAGAAUACCAACUUUGACGCUUAUUCCAAACCUAAGGAUUUCCUUAACGAAGUUUUCCGCCAGGUACUUGUCUGUGGAGCCACUGGCCUUGAGGUCAUGAUUGAGCUCGUCAACUUGGAAGAUGUAGAUGAUAACGACCUGAAUACUGCUGGACUUGCAGACCGUGUCGAGAAGCUGGAACAGGCAGCAAUUGAGAUGGGACAUCUUAAAAAAUGGGCCGACGAAUUUGCGAAGCGUGUCGAGAAAGAUGGCUUUAAAAGCAGUCAAAAUGAUUUGGUGGAUAUAAAAGACAGAAUGUUUGGUGGGCCAAAACCUACUAAAGGACCAAUGCGCAAAGGGGGACCAAAACCACCUGGAGAGCCAAAACGGACUAAGGAACCAAAGCCACCCGGGGAACCAGAAGGAUUCACCGACAAACGUAGAUUCAGGCCUACUGGGGAGCCAAAACGCACUGGGGGACCAAAGCGAACUGGCGGACCAGGAGGAUUCAAGCCUACUGGGAAACCAAUGCGCACCGGAGGACCAAAACGCACUGGAAAACCAGAAGGAUUCGCCGACAAACGCAGAUUCAGGCCUACUGGGGAGCCAAAACGCACUGGGGAACCAAAGCGAACCGGGGAACCAGAAGGAUUUACCGACAAACGCAAAUUCAGGCCUACUGGGGAACCAAAGCGAACCGGGGAACCAGAAGGAUUCACCGACAAACGCAGAUUCAGACCUACUGGGGAGCCAAAACGCACUGGGGAACCAAAGCGAACCGGGGAACCAGAAGGAUUCACCGACAAACGUAGAUUCAGGCCUACUGGGGAGCCAAAACGCACUGGGGAACCAAAGCGAACCGGGGAACCAGAAGGAUUUACCGACAAACGCAGAUUCAGGCCUACUGGGGAGCCAAAACGCACUGGGGGACCAAAGCGAACUGGCGGACCAGGAGGAUUUAAGCCUACUGGGAAACCAAUGCGCACCGGAGGACCACAACGGACUGGAAAACCAGUUAGACCAUCAAGGAGGCCAAAGAUGGACCGAAAGGCCCUCCUUCGCCGCAUCAUGGACGCAUUGAAUAAAUAUUAAUCAUCCAACAUCCUGAUUUUUGUAAACAAAAACUUCCCGACAAUCGCAUUGUAUUUUGUUGUUAAUUGUUUUGCCUUGUACUUG